AUGCAUUAUCAAGUCCUGUCUCCAUUGCCGCCGUAUUUCGCUUUGCCGUCUCCUCCUCCACCACCACCUCGACCUCCCCACAUGCAUCCGAGUCCAAUGGCGGGGCAAGGAUUGCCUUUCCUUCCGGCUUCGAACGCUCUCUCACCUGUCAUUCAACCUCCCAUCCAGGUCGAUGGUUCUCCUUCGAUACUCCCUGAGAUGCCAACUCUCCUUCGGCAAGCGCCCAUGCUGCCGCCACCGCCCAAGGAGCUUGAAGCACAGCCUUCAGAACUCCUUCAACCUGGGUGCAGCAAGUUACUCUUGGAAUUUAAAACCAAUUUGAAGAAGAGAUGGGAGUUGAAGGACGUUAGGGGCCAUAUAGCGGAGUUCUCGCGAGACCAACGCGCCUCUCGAUUUAUCCAGCAAGUAAUAGAAGAUGCUGACACUGACGCCUUGGAUCUCAUCUGGAGCGAAGUCGCGUCGGAUGACUUACUCACCAUUUCUUUCAACGCGUGUGGUAAUUAUGUUGUUCAGAAAUUAUUGGACCGGGGCUCGGAAGCACAAAGGGUGAAACUUGCCACCGCUCUCCAGGGUCACGUCGUGCAGGUGUCGCAAGAUGCCUAUGGGUGCUGGGUCAUCCAGAAGGUCUUGGACGUUGUUCCAAACCAUGUUCGCGGUCAAAUUGUCCUCGAAGCGGAACCGCAUAUCUUAACUCUAGUCAAGGACCCGAACGGCAACCAUGUCGUUCAAAAAAUUUUGCAAGUUGUACCAGCUCGAUACCUGACUUUCGUUGAUGCCUUCCAUGGGAGGGCCGUCGAGAUUGCCCGAGAUAACUAUGGUUGCCGCGUGCUUCAACGCUGCCUUCAGCACCUGCCCUUCGAAGCCGUGCAGCCUUUACUCCAAGAGUUGAAACCGUUCAUCUUGGAGAUGAUCUGCGACCAGUUUGGGAACUAUGUCAUCCAGCACAUCCUUCAGGAUGGCAAGACCUCCGAGAAGGAGGAGAUCUUCCAUCAGAUUCGGGGAAGGGUUCUCCGGCUAGCGCGACACAAAUAUGCAUCAAACGUACUCGAAAAGGCUCUGACCCAUGCCCCUCCACUAAUUCGUCACGCUAUCAUCGAAGAGAUGUUGACGACGGUCAAAGGCUUUCCUAAAGGUGUCUGGCAAUUGAUGAACGAUCAAUAUGGGAACUACGUCCUCCAAAAGGCGCUGACUUUGGCAGAGGAGCCUCAGCGCACUGUUCUCUCGAUGGCAACCAAAUGCCAGCUAUCGAAUGUCCGCGCCGCAGGCAAAGCGCGGGCGAAACAGAUGGCAUCAAGUGAUUCAACAAAUAUUGCAGGGGCUGGAAGAGCUCCGAUGUUAACUUCGCUAUAUGACUUCGCUAUAUGCCACUUAUACCCUCUUUCUUGA